AAACCCCAGUCUCAAAGACGCCUAUUAAUAAAGAACAUUCAAGAACCAAAACAAAACACAAACUAAACCUCAAAGAGACCAAAAAGAAAAAACAAAAACCAUAUAAAAGAAAAUGGGAAAAGGAGGAAACUAUGUGACGGUGGCGGCUUCGGAGGUGGAGGAGCUACGACGGAAGAACGGAGAGAUGGAAAAAGCGGUGGAGGAAAUGAGGAAAGAGAUGUUGCAGUUGUGGCGGCGGACACAGGUGGCGGAGGAAGCGGAGGAGCGACUCUGCUCUCAGCUAGCCGAGCUUGAAGCUGAAUCUUUAGACCAGGCUCGUGAUUACCACUCUCGUAUCAUCUUCCUCAUGAACGAGCUCUCACGUCUUUCUUCAGACUCUGCCUCUGCCUCUCCCUAGAAUAGAUAGAUAUAUAGGUU